AUGGAUAGGUCACACCACAGAAAAAGGAGCUCGAUGGGAAACAUCAGUGCUACAGACACGGCAAUGAGCGGAGCCUCCAGCAAUGGUCGCAACUCACCAUCCGUACCGCCGCCCACUUCUUCUUAUCUUCCCAAUGCACCUGCUAACAGGUCAAUUGCGUCGUCAUCAUCUUCAUCAUCUGUGCUCAAUGCUGGUAUGUCCAACAUGACUGCAUUUGCCCCACCACCCCUACCACAACUGUCAAGUAUCUCAACAGCAACAGGAACAUCGCGGCUACCUCCUCAACAGCAGCAGCAGCAGCAAGCACCACCACCACCACAACAACAACAACAACAACAACAACAACAACAGCAAGCACAGCAAGCACAACAACAAGCCCUACAGAGACUGCCCUAUUUGCAACACCGUUCAACAUUUCAACCAUUCGAUCCAGGUCUUCAAUUGACACCAACCGGAAGGAGUCCUCUCCAAGGACCGAUGUCGCCUUCAACCACCUCUAUUCCAUUCAAUCCUUCUUCUUCUUCUUCUUCAUCGGCAUUGCCAGCACCAUUUGUCCCAGGAAGUACAGUUUCCGGCGCACUUCCAAACUCAAAAGCAGCAUACACUACAAGAAACUUUGCGUCAACCACGCCAGGCGUUGGAGUCUCCCCCAUUGAACGGAGCUCAUACUACUUUAGCGAGUCUCCCCUUUUUGCAUGUGACUGGACAACAAUAAACAACAAAUCCAUGGAUUGUAUCGCAUUGGGGUCUUAUAAGGAAGGCUUUGUCAAUAAAUUGGAGAUUGUUUUCGGAAGAGGAUUUGAAUAUGACUAUGCCCCACCACCUCCGCCAGUAGUUGAUGUGUAUGGCAAUCAAUUGCCAGGAUACCGCGAAGAUUUUGAUGCUGGUAUUGAAGGUGGAUUUGUUUUUGAAAAAGUGGCUGACACAAGUUUGAACUACCCCGUGACCCAUGUGAAGUGGGAUCCUUCCUUGUUGCAAGGUGGAGGAGGGGGAGGUAUACAUCCUUUCCAGCGACUUGCCGCUUCAAGUGAUGUGUUGAGGUUGUAUAAAGUAACUGACGACGGUGAUGGCGGGUACAAUUUAGUGCAGACGCACGUGUUGGCAAACAAUGCAUCUAGUACUGGCAGUAGCGCCGUUGCUGCUGAUGGGAAAGACAAGAUCAAUACGUCACCUCCAGUCACGUCGUUUGAUUGGAACUCUACUGACACUAACAUAUUAAUCACAUCCAGUGUUGACACAACAUGCACAGUGUGGGACUUGAACCGAUCCCAUCCUCAUGACGAUUUUAACGAGUCUGCCACUAUCAAGACCCAAUUGAUCGCGCAUGAUUCAGAGGUUUUCGAUGUCAAGUUUAUUCACAAUUCGACAAAUGUGUUUGCAUCUGUUGGCAAUGAUGGAUCAAUGCGAGUGUUUGAUCUACGAUCUUUGGAACAUUCAACCAUCAUUUACGAACCACCCCCAUCGCCAACUCCUCCAGUGAGGAGACAUGCAUCAGUAGGGUCAGCUUCAACACCAUCCUCGGCACAACUCCCCACGCCUGCCCAUUCAGCAAACUACAACUCCAAAGCACUACUUCGCCUCUCUACGUCAAACAUUGAUCAGCAUCAUCUAGCAACAUUUGGAGUCAACUCCAGUCAAAUCAUCAUCAUUGAUAUGCGCAUGCCGGGACUUCCCAUUGCGACAAUUGACGCAUCUCCAGCAUCGCCCAUUGCCUCAUCGAUAAAUCUGAUUCAAUGGCAUCCUACAUCCAACUACUUGCUCAGCGGUGGUGACGAUUGUCAGGCAUUGGUGUGGGACUUGAACAAUUUAGGUGCAACUGGGUCGAAUUACAGUUCAAGCACGAGCUUAUCCAAUGGAGCAGCAGGUAAUGGCACCAAUGGGCAUGCAAAUGACUCAGUAAGCUCAACCGGCAAGAAUAGCGGCAGUGGAAGUCUGGAUAUACCAAUAUUGGCCUAUGACGAAGACUUGGAAGUCAAUGGUGUUUGCUGGAGACAAAACUCUGGCGAUUACAUGGGUGUCGUCAGUGGGAAAGGGUUCCAGGCAGUACUGAUUUAG